GACGAGGACGAGGACGAGGACGAGAAAGUGAUUUCAAGUCUAUACUUGUGUUACAAAAUGUUCAUUGCCCCCGUUUAUGAUUUGCUUGAUGAGCCUGAAGUAAUUAUUGUUCCUGACCGCAGGUUGUACAAAGUUCCCUUUGCUGCCCUGAGUGAAAAGGAGGGAGCCGAAUACUUGUCAGAGACUCAUAAGAUCCGUAUCAUUCCUUCGUUGACAACACUCAAGAACAUUCAAGAUAGUCCAGAGGACUAUCACAGCAACACUGGUGCCUUGGUAAUAGGCAAUCCCAAGGUUAAUUGGCUGCAACCAUUGCCAGCUGCAAGAAAGGAAGCGGAGAUGGUCGGACGACUGGUGGGUGUUCCGCCUCUAGUUGAAGAGAAAGCAACGAAGCAGGCGGUACUUGAGCGGAUAAGUUCAGUGAGCUUGAUACAUUUUGCUGCCCAUGGUGACGCGGAAAGAGGGGAAAUUGCACUCUCCCCCAUUCCUACUCCCAACAGUCAAAACGCUACCCCACCGAAGGAAGCUUACAUGUUGACGAUGGCUGAUGUCUCACGAGUGAAAGUCAGAGCUAAACUGGUGGUACUUAGCUGCUGUCACAGUGGAAGUGGAGAGAUAAGAGCCGAGGGAGUUAUAGGAAUUGCCCGUGCGUUCUUAGGAUCCGGUGCUCGCUCGGUGUUGGUUGCGCUGUGGGCCAUUCCAGACUCAGCAACAGAGCAGCUGAUGAGUCGGUUCUACGAACACCUCAUUGAAGGUGGAAGUGCCAGUGAAUCCCUUCAUCAGGCCAUGAAGUGGAUGAGAAAAAAACCCUUGAACAAAAUCUCUGAGUGGGCUUCGUUUACGCUGAUUGGAGAUGAUGUGAGACUCGAGUUUGACAACCAGCGGCAAGACUCGGUGAGAACAGGAAAAAAGACCCCGAUAGAGUAAAUAAUGACAAGUACUCGAAGGGAACAGAGUUAAAAGACUUUUAGAUGGAUAAAUUAAAUAGAAAUAAGUAGAGAAAAUACUCUAUCCAGUAUUUCAUCGACAUUAAAAAAAAAGAGCUAUCCCAGGUUAGGGGAGAUUUAUUCCAAUUUUUGCUGCUUUCUUUUCUAAUAUUCUCAGGAGGAGGUAAUGGUUAUGUACUCAACAAUUUUUUGUUUUUCACGCAAAAAUUAUAUUCUAAUAUAAUAGACACGAAACAAUGUUGACCUACGUAAGGCUUUUGAGUAAAACGAAUUCAGUAAAGUUAA